AUGGCGGCCAACAUGGCGUGUGGUAGUGGCUCUGAGGCCGAGGCCUCCGGGCUGGUCAACACGCUCCAAGGCCAUGUGGAUGAUAUUAGAAGUCUUAUACAGUGCGGUAUCUGUAUCCGGCCACUCUACGAGCCCUACACCCUAGCUUGUGGGCACACCUUCUGCUAUUCUUGUCUAUCCUCAUGGUUCUCUGGCGGUCGAUCGAAACGGACAUGCCCGGACUGUCGGGCACCCGUCAAAACCCAACCAGCGCCGGCAUAUCUGGUUCGUGCAGUCGUGCAGAUGUUCACAAGUCGCGCAGAGCUCUUGGACAAGGGGGAGACUACCGCGGAGCAUUCGAAAAAUCAACAAGAAGAGGCGGGUCGUUUAGACACGGACAAGGCAAACGCAGAUCCACACAGAGGUGGCCUGUUCGGAGGACUCUUCAAGCCAAAAGGUCCUUCUUUGAAGCCAGUCGUCGACGUCGACGAUGGCGUCACUCGAUGUCCAUGUUGCUCGUGGGAGCUUGAGGACGGCGAAGAAUGUCAUAAUUGCAACUGGCGUUAUCACCCAGAAGACGAAAUGACAGAUUACAGUGGCGAUGACGACGGCAGCGUGACCGCCUCUGACUUUGAGUCCAAUGAAGACGAUUACGAAGAGGACGAAUUUGGGGAUUUUGAGGCCGAGGACGUAUUCAGCCAAUUUGGACCGUUCAGUGCGUCGCAUCCAUAUGCAGACCCUAACAUCGCCGUAGUUUCGGCAAUCAGUCAGGCAAUGAAUGGAUUGUGGCAUCCAGGUCAUCCAAAUAAUCCAAGUCACCCACAAGCAUGGCGCUCUCGUCCUCACCCACACCACCCUCAAUUUUACCCAAAUCCUCGGCCUCACUCUCAUCCUAAUCCUCACCCAGGGCAAGUGAUGCAUUCGGAGAUGACUGAUUACGAUGAUGAAGACGAGGAAGAUGAAUACGACGAUCAGGAUUCGUUCAUUGAUGACGACGAAGUUCGCCCGGAUGGGGAAGAUGAUGCGGAGUCUGACGGAGUCACGGUGGUGGGCGCUGCCCCUAUUCGUAACAGGGCUGUACCAUCAUGGGGCCCACCGCGUUAUAGCGACAUCUCAUAUGCUCCUAUGGCAGACGACGAAGAGGAAGGCAGUGAGGUCGACGAGGAAGAAGAUAGCUUUACAGAGACUAGAGAACCCUGGGAAGCCUCCUCUUCUUCUCGCGUGGGCCCAUCUUCCAGCAGCCCUACAUUCCACGACACAAGAUCAUCUCCGAUGGUCUCCGAGGCUGAAACGAAUGAUGGAGCGGACCCUGAAAUGGCUCAUGCCCACCGUUUUUACGAACAAGGUUUCUACCCUACCGAUUAUGACAGUGAACCUUCAAGCGACAGUUCUGCUCCAAGACCGAUGAGGCCCGCCAGGACCACUGGGGUUUCUGCCGGUAACGCAAUCACUAUCGAUGAUUCUGAAGACGAACAACCAGUCGGACCUAUGAGGAGAGCAACCCAGCGCCGCCUUGCCCGAGCGACUCCUUAUUGA